AUGAAGUUUCUAUUCCUGUUUCUUGUCAUCCUUCUAGCCAUGGAGCCAGCAGUAUCAGCGAGCUGUUGGAUGAAUGGACAAUGCCGAUUGGUGUGCAAAAAUGAUGAAGAGAGUAUUACACGCUGCUCAAAUCGUAAACGGUGCUGUGUCCUUAGUCGUUACUUAACAAUAAAACCAAUAACAUUUGAUGAAAUACUCUCCUGGACCACUCCUCAGCCGACUAGACAAGCAAACGUCACAUCCUUCGAUGCAUGGGUAACAUGGGAAUCUGUAGAACCUCUUGCAAAAAAGAUGAACGUCCCUACUUGUAUUGCAGAAAUUAUCAAUCAUGCUGCCUCCAGUCUUAUAUGA